GUACUAGGUCACCACCAUUUCCCAGAAUGGCGAGGCGAGCCUUGUUUUCACUUGCAAAUUUCCCGAGUCGUUAUAAAGCGACGAUAAUAGAGAGAAAUAUCAAUUUAAUAUAAUUAUUAAUCGUUGACUCUAGAUUAGUACCUAAUAUUUCUUAGUUAACGGAGGGAUCAGUUUUAAUACCAUCGCACUGUGUAUCAAAGGAAACUAGUGUUAAUGGUUGAUUUCUACACGUAAACCUUGGCUGAGUGUGCUAACCAAGAAAGAGAUAGCAAUUUUUUUCUUCCCACAUGUUUUUCUCAUUUCGUUCGACCAAAUACCGAAGUGAAACGAUCCGAGAUUGUUAGGAAUCAUCCCAGUAAAUUAAAAUGAGUAAGAAAAGGAAUCGACAGGGCGAUUUUAAUGGGGAAUUCAGCGAUGAUUCGACGGAUUCUUCCAACGAAUCCAGCACUACAGGAACCAACUGUAUGCAUGUUACCAAGGCAUUGAAUUUCACCAAAAUAAAGAAGAGCAUCAACAAGGAGGGAAUGACUAAGGAAUGUUCCACUUGCAAGAAAUAUGAAAUCAAUGAGGAGAAACUCAAGAAUGAUACGAAUUCUGAGGAGCAGCCAAAUAUUCUGAUUUGUUUACAAUGCGGUCACCAAGGUUGUGGAAAAGAAGACGAAGGUCAUGCUUUCGAACAUUAUAAGAAACCGUUCAGUGAUUGCCAUUCGAUGGCUGUCGAAACUACAAAUUGGUCUGUGUGGUGUUUCCAAUGCGGUAUGAAAGUGAAUAUUGCCAAUAGAAAAAAGCUUCAGGAGUCAGUGGACUUCAUUAAGAAAUCGUUAGCUGUGAAAUCACUGCAGACAAAAAUAGUACAAGCUCAGAAUCAGAAAGAAAUGAUCGAUGUCGAUGAGAAGGAGAAGAAGGGUUCAGACAGUUUUCCAAAAGUCGGAGGAUUAAUUAAUAUGGGAAAUACAUGUUUCUUCAACGCAGUUCUUCAGUGCUUGGCUCAGACUCCUUUCUUAGUUAAAGUCUUAGACGAUUUACGUCUUCCUGGACAAGAAUUCACUUUGCCUGGUGGGAAGCUCAAAUUACCCAACAGCGAAGAGGAAAUAGAACUUCCGCCCAUUAAAGGAACUCUCGAAGGCUGGGGCACCUUUACAUCUAUAUUAUCAAAGGUUUUAAUAGAUAUGCAAAAUACGGAUGGCUCCCAGCCUUACAGACCCUCGGAGCUGUUAAAUUCUUUCAAAAAGAAGAACAUGCAAUGUAUGGACGGUGGUCAACACGAUUCCCAUGAAUUGCUGAGGCAUCUUUUAGAAAUAGCUAGAAACGAAGAUCUCAGGAGGUAUCAAAGCAUCAUUUUGAAGGAAGUAGGCCUUAACGGGAAGACUAAUCCAGAAGACGUAGAGAACACCUUGAAAUCUCGAGUUAAAUUCUAUGGGAAUCAAGCGAGUUCGAGAUUAUUGGGGCCGGAGCCAGUUUUCCGUGGAGUUCUGGUCUCUACUUUGGAGUGUCUUGAUUGCGGCCACACUUCUCAUAAUUCUGAGCAGUUUCUGGAUCUUAGUUUACCUGUAAUUGCUGAUAAACCGCAACCACCGAUUUUAAGAAGGAAGAACAAUGGGAACGAAGAUUCGUUCGAUAUGACUGGGAACGUUAUAACAAAUAAUACGCCGUCUAAGCAUCAACUGAAGAAGGAGAAGAAAGCGGCGAGGAAGAAUCGAAAGAAUAAGAGAGACGGUACUUUGAACUCUCACGACGGUAUAAAUAAUUGGGUAGAUAAGUCUGCUAACAACGAGGAAAAUAAUGAUAUGAACGAAUCAGAGGAAAGCGAUGCGGACGUUGAAGAUAACACGGAAACGGAAAUAGCAAUCCCGGAAGUUGGGGAAUCCGGUUAUAGUUCGGAGAAACAGUCUACUUUACCUAGUCCAGCUUCUCCAUCGAACGAAUCGGUAAAAGCCAAUGAAGAUUCGAUGAAGACCAACGAGUAUCCGUUGAGAGCGAGGGAAGAUUUGUUGAAGCACGAGCGUUCUAUGGGAACCAGCGAGGAUUCGUUGAAGAUGAACGAUUAUUCGGUUAAAACCGAAGCGGAAACCAUAAAACUAAGGGAAAGUUCUAUUAAGAGAAUCGAAACCGCCUUACAUUACACGGAAAUAAGUAUGAACAAUCCAGAGAACGGGUCGUUAUUGCAGACCAUAGAUACAAAUAAUAUGAACGCGAAUUUCUCGGAUACAAAAAAUUUGGAACCGUUGAAAUGCUUCGAGAUGACGGAGAAUGGGAACAACGCUGGACGUAUUUUACCUUUGUGCUCAAACUUAGACGAUCAUUUGGCUCUGAACUUGUCUUUAGACAACCCGUCAUCUCGAAUUACGAGUUUAACUCUGUACAAUCCUAACGAAGAUCGGAGUAUCAUGAGUGGCAAUAAUGUACUAUUAAUAAAGAACAAAGAAAAAGAAGAGGACGACGAAGAAGAGGAAACAGCGUACAACAAACAAUGGAAAAUCCGGAGGAAACUGGACUCUCCGAUAGAAAUUAAUAGUAUCACUUUCGGGAUAGCGAAAAUGGGAAUUAAUAGUAAUUUAAAAACUUGUCUACGCGACGCUCCCGCGUGUCUCGACGAAGCGCCGACUAGGUAUCCGACUAAGGAAGGCGAAUGCUCUAUCCAGUCCUGUCUAAACCAAUUCACAGCCUUAGAAUUAAUGACCGGAAGCAACAAAGUCGGAUGCGAGGCUUGCACUCAAAGAGAAACAAAGGCUAAAAACAAUAAUGCGGAUACUAAAAUGGUAUGUACACCGAGCACCAAGCAGUAUCUAAUCUCCAAAGUUCCGGCCGUGUUAAUUCUCCAUUUAAAACGUUUCCAAGCUCAAAGAGUGGAUUUUCGAAAAGUUACGAGGCACGUUAGCUUUCCUAUUUUAUUAGAUUUGGCACCGAUUUGCAAGAAUCAUCGGAAACCGAGGAUAUACGCUCUCUAUGGUGUCGUAGAACACAGUGGAACCAUACAUGGUGGCCAUUACGUAGCUUACGUGAAGUCCCGAUUACCGUUGGCGCCUGACGAUCCUCGAUGGUCGUUUUUACCAUCUAAAGAUGAGAACGAAGCGUCGACGCCGGAAUCCGGGGAGGAAACGCGAAGGAAAGAGGAGGACGAAGAGGAAACGGACGAAGCGAUCGGGGAUAAUUCUGUAAAAAUCGAACCACCGCCUGGGAAGUGGUACUACAUAUCAGAUUCGCAAGUAACGGAAGUAGACGAAGCCACAGUUUUAAGAAGACAGGCUUACCUUUUGUUUUACGAGCGAAUUCUGUGAAUGUUUAAAUUUUAUUUUUAACAGAGAGCAUCGUAAGAUAUUGAUUGAGACUUCAUUUAGAAUCAAUUUAGUUCGGUGGUUUGAUUAUACAAUUGUAUUUGUGUAAUUGAACGAGAGAACUUCUACGUUUAGGAUGAUGUCAGAGAUAAACGAGAUUUAGUUUCCUCGUGAUCGUAAUUACCGUUGUGAAACGUUAUUUUACGUGUGUAAUCAAUCGGAAAUAGAGAGAACACUUCUUUAAACAAUAA